AACGGCGUAUGAAAAAGGAUCUCUGGUCAUUUUUUAUAUUGACACAUAGCCAGAUUGCAAACGCCCUGAAAAUGCUGUUGAAAUCUCUGCUUCUCUUCCUCCUCUUCCAAGUUUGCACUUCCAGGGACACCUUAAGAUCGAACGAAGAACUGAAGGAUGAUGAUGGUGGACUUCUGGUGUCCAAAGAAAGCAGCUUUGAGUUGGGUUUCUUCAGCCCUGGAAAUUCUAGCAACCGCUAUGUUGGGAUUUGGUAUUCUCAAUCUAAAGUAUCUGAGAAAACAGUGGUGUGGAUCGCAAACAGAGACAACCCCAUCAAUGAUACCUCUGGAGUUUUCACCAUAAACAGCUUUUGGAUACAGGAAACUUAGUUAUGUUCCAGAAUGAUAGAGAAGGAAUCUUUGUAUGGCAAAGUUUUGAUUAUCCUACAGAUACUUUAAUCCCUG